AUGAAAAAAAAGUUCAAAUUAUAUAACAGAAGGCAGACAACGCUUGAUCAAUUUUGGAAAUCAUGCAAUUCUUAUCAUGAAUCCGAUGAUGAGUCACAUAAAGUUUCCGACGAUAAGAUGUUAGGCACCAGUUCGUCGUUAGAUGGAACAAGUUGUGAAGCAGAGUUGAUGAAUUCAUUUGAAGCAUGUCCACUGUCACUUCACAAAUCAUUGAAAAUUCGAAAGCGUUCUUCCGUUAAUGCAUCAGAAACAAUGGAUGAGCAUUUUGCAACCACUGAUACAACUUGCAACAAAAACGAAAGUAAAGUGGGUAACAGAACCGAAAAAACAGCCUUCGUUGAAUCCGGUGACUUGUUGGAUGGUGUACCACUAGUUGCUAAGUCACCGCCAGGCGAUACCGAAGCUUCGUUGCCUGUAACUGGAAGUACACCUGAUAGUUCAUCAAGAUAUGAUUUGAGUGCUUGCACUUCAUCAAGCUUGGAAAAUGGGAGUCCGUUAAAGAUGGGAUCAUGCAAAACUCACGCUUAUUUAGAAGGCGAGCGUGUCCAGUGUGUGAAAAGUCCGAGGAAGAAACGGGUACACAAAGAAUCUCACAAGGCUACAAGUUCUGAUUUAUCUCACGAAUUAUUAGUUCUUCCACGGAUACACACAAUAACAAUUGGUGAUUUUGAACUAGAACCACCGUAUACCUCACCGUUACCAUUAGAGCUUGUUAGGAAGGGGCACAUUUACGUGUGUGAAAAGUGCUUGGAUUUCAAGGAAAGCGAAGAGACACUGGAAAGACAUGCAAGUAAAUGCUGGAUGAAUUUUCCACCUGGCGAUGAAAUCUUUCGUCAAGACGAUAUUUCAUUAUUCGAAGUUGAUGGAAAUAUUGCCAAAGGCUACAGUCAAAAUUUAUGCCUCUUAGCCAAACUUUUCAUCGAUCAUAAAACGUUAUUUUAUGAUGUUGAACCAUUUCUCUUUUAUGUUUUAACUGUGUGGAAUUCAACCGGUUGCCAUCUAGCAGGUUAUUUUAGCAAGCAGAAGUGCAGCUUAGAAAAUAAUCUUUCUUGCAUACUUACUCUACCAUCAUAUCGGAACAAAGGUUACGGACGUUUUUUGAUCGAUUUCAGUUUUCUUUUGUCUCGCCGAGAAGGAACCACGGGAACACCGGAGCGGCCACUCUCUGACAUGGGUAAUUUAGCUUACAAAAGCUACUGGCGUAGUAUUGUACUUGAAUAUUUCAAAAGACCAAGCUCUGCUUCUUCUACAGUUCUGACACUUGCAGAUAUUGCGAAAACCACGGGCGUUUCAGUAGAAGAUAUUUUGCAGACGAUGAAAGAUCUAAAUAUGUUUCACUUCGAUCAAAAGGGAGAAAUAAAGUCCUUCAUUAUCAAUAAGGAUCUCGUACAAUCACAUUGGGCAAAAGCAGAAAAUGACACAAAACGCAUUUGGAUCGACGAAGAUAAUUUAAAGUGGGAGCCGAAGCAUUUUCCCUUGGUCGAGUGUACAAGUGAUGACAGUAGCGGAACUUGA